AUGAAGGCAAUGAGCACAGGGAAAGGUCACAAAGUCACCAUGUCAACCUCCCUGUCCCAUCAUAACCCUACAGUAUUUUACCCCAAGGGGUCCUGUAUAGACCAAUGCACAGUUCCUCCAUGCCUUUUUUUGGCAUUCUUUCUGCUGCUUCUCCUGCUGCUUCCUCCCACUGUAAAGGGUAGGAGCAUCCGAUACAACAGUCCUGGCUGGAAACUAUUUCACAGCCUAGGCAAGGGAUUCAGAAGUCCCCAUCAAAACCAGAUGGAACAAAUGAGGCAGAACGUGCCCCAGGUUCAACCGGGAGACGAUUGCCAAGGUGUUUUCGACCUCUACCUUGUCCUGGACAAAUCCGGCAGUGUGGGAGACAACUGGAUCCACAUUUACUCUUUUGUAGAGGGUUUGGUGAAGAAAUUCACAAACCCUAACCUGCGGCUCUCCAUCAUAACCUACUCGACAGAGGCUGAGGUUAUCCUGCCACUCACCUCGGACAGAAACGAAAUCAAUAAGGGCCUUCUGGUGCUGAAGAACAUAGAGCCUCUGGGGUUAACGCACAGGCUAAAAGGACUGAAAAAGGCAAAUGAACAGAUCCGAAGAACCAACUUGCGAGGCCGGAAAGUCAACAGUGUGAUUAUUGCUCUGAUCUACGGGUUAUUACUACUGAAGCCAUAUGUUGACACGAUAGAAGAGGCCAAAAAAGCCCGGAAAAUGGGAGCAAUCAUUUACACCGUGGGUGUUUUUAUGCAUAGCAAACAACAGGUACUUCAGACCCAGUGACCAAGUGCAGUGCCCCUGAGUAUCCUAGAUGGUAAAGCCCUCUUUACAAUACCAAGAGGGUAGGAUGCUCACCUACCCAAAGGUUAAAUUUAAGUAAGCAAACCCCUUACACUGAAUGGGCCAGAGAGUUUCCCAUUCCUUAAGGCUGGGCUCUAAAUGAAAGCCAGUGAGUGCACUAAUAUCACCACAGCUCCAGGGCAACAGUUCCUGUCACAAGUCUGGGAACCUGUUAUGUCACAAUUCUAGUUCCUCACACUGAGGUUCGAGCCAAUUAUUUUUCUCCUAUCACAGUUGGUGAAUAUUGCAGGCGACCCAAAUCACUGUUUUGGGGUCGAUGAAGGGUUCGCUGCUCUGGAGAAAGUUAUUGACCCAGUGAGUAUGUGGGGCAUGGAAGACUGUGGAAACACCGUCUGCAUUCCCUGAGGCCUACUAUA